AUGAGGGGCCAGGAUGACCGAAAAAACUGUAGCCCAACAGUUAAGAACGAAGCCAGCAUGCUACAGAUUACAAGGAAACUGAAGUGUCUGAGACGGGAAGGCCGGGUGUGUGGUGAGCGGAGCGGAGCGGGGGGAGGGGUUAGUCAGUCAGUCCGUCCCUCAGCUCAAGGCGGGGCCCGGCAGCACCCCACACCGAGCGCAGGGCUCAGGGGAGGGGGCCCGGCCUCGCCGCGCCAAGCUCGGGCCGAGCAGAGGGAGCCAGCGCGAGGCGCUGCAGUGUGUCAGGCCCCGCCUCCCCCGGGCUCGUACCAUUUGGCGGCGCUGGUAGGGGGGGUGCGUGGCAAACCCCAGCCAGAGGUUCCCUGGCUGCCGCGCGAGCGACUGGACUCCCCUGUGAUCCCCGCGCGCAGACCGCGCGGCCCCCGCCUUCCCCCGGGCUCUCGGGCCCGCGCCGGGCCUGGGGCAGCCCUGGCGGGAGGGCGCGGCGCCCGCGGCUCCCCCGCCCCGCGCGCCCGCCCGGGCCCCGCCGUUAUUCGGACGCGGAGGCCGAGACGGGCAGCGCCAAGAGCGCGGGGGACCCGGACCAUGCUGGGUAGCGGGCGGCGGCGCCCGGCGGACUCGCGCCCCGACCAGUGGGUGCUGGUUGCACCAGAGCCUGUUACUGAUCUUCCUAUGAAACCUGAUGGUGGACCUUUAUUUACAAGACUGCGUAAUCCAAGUACAGGAGAAGCUGCCCUCUACUUAUUCAAUAGCAGUGCACAGCAGCUGUUUGAAGUAAAAGCUUUUCAUGAAGAAUAUCGUUCUUGGUUUAUAGGUCAGGCUGUUCAGCAUGAUGGACGCCUAUUGUUUGCAACACCAAUGGAUCCUUUAUUUCUGGUGCUUUUCUACCUCAUAAAGGCAGAGAAAGAGCAAGGAAAAUUCCAACCACUGGAUCAAGUUGUGGUUGAUUCAGAAUUUUCUAGCUGUACGAUGUUGCUACAGUGUGCAAGAGUUAUGGACUCACUACAUCAUGUUAUAGAAGAAAAAGAAAUUGGCAAUAAGAAAUUUUAUAAAUACAGCCAAGAGAAGACAUUGAAGUGGUUAAAGAAAAAGGUCAGCCAGACAGUGAAAGUACUUAAAAGCAGCAAUGUAUGUGUGGGUGGAAGGGUGCAAUCAGCUACAUUUAUCAGCGGCAAACAAAUCACAGAUGUUAAAGAAGAUGACUAUGUACGAUAUGCCCAUGGUUUAAUAUCAGAAUAUAUUUCUGAAGAUCUGAGUGUUGAGCUAUCUAAGUACUUACAGCUUCCAGAACUUACAAGUCCAGAAGCAGACCCCCCGCUAAAGAAAAGGAAAUUCUCAGAUGCACCUGUGGAAGCAGAAGAAGACUACACUAAGUUUAACAGCAGUGAUCUCAAGAACAAAAAGACAACUAGCAAGAUGUCUGCUGCUCAGAAAGCUCUGGCCAAAGUUGACAAAACUGGAAUGAAAACCAUUUCUGCUUUCUUUAGCGCAAAACCUAAAGCAACAAAAUAAAGAUUUGAAACUAAAACAUAUUUUUGAUACAUAAUUAUUUUUGUAGUUACUAUUGUUCUAAAGCUAACUCUUUUCCUCUGUUUUUGUUGUUGGUUUAUUUAGUCUGUCAGCUAACGAGGAUUUUAAAGCAGGAUUUCUGGAUCUAGUGAGUGUGUUACAUUUCUGAGAUUUACAUGUUGUAUAAAAUCAGACUGGAGCAGCUUCUUAAGGUUUCCUUAUUAGCCCAGGUCAAAACACGUGAUGUGAGAGCUGCUUAGGGUAGGUUAUCUUUGCACCCAGAAUUCCUGCAUUGUUUUUGUUGUAAUUGCAAUAAAUAACAAAACUAAUAUAGCAUAAUAAAUUGAUGUAUGAAACAAA